AUGGAUGACUCAUAUGCCAUAGCUACGCCACAUAAUGAUGUGUUCGCCAAUAUUUACAAAGAGUUUAAUCCUCAAAAUUUGCCACGCGUCAAUGCCGCAGAGGCAGCUGCAUUCCUCAAAACAUCGAACUUGCCAAUGCCGACACUUGGACAAAUAUGGGAAUUGAGCGAUUCUUCCAAAAUGGGCUCGUUGGAUAAAAGAGGAGCAUAUGCGGCCUUUAAGCUUGUUGCCGCUGCCCAACAAGGAAAGCCUGUUGCCAAUUCAUGCCUUUAUGAUUCCUCAUUGGCACCUCCGAAGUUCGGACCCCAACAUCCUCCUAUACCACCGGCUAGCCUCCAACAUCAUUUCGUACCAUCAUUUCCAGCGCAAGGACAUGCGCCUCCAGUUCCUCCGCCACCCCAAUUUUCAUCCCAACAAUCAUCGCCAUCACAUCUUGCGACUGCUCCCUGGGGUAUUAGUGCUGUCGAUCAGGCAAAAUAUGAUUCAAUCUUCCAAUCGCUAAAUCCUGUAAAUGGAAAAUUGAGUGGAGCCAGCAUUCGCCCGGUCUUAAUGAAUUCCGGUUUGGAUGCCGUAUCAUUGGCAAAAAUUUGGGAACUCGCCGACCAAGAUAAAGAUGGACAAUUGGACCUUGUCGAAAUGUCGGUUGCCCUUCAUUUGGUGUACAAGGCACUUCAAAAUGAGCCAGUCCCUCUUCAACUUCCACCAAAUCUCAUUCAUCCAACCAAGGCUAUGUAUGUCCAGAAAAUAUCGCCAGCAUUCCCGCCAUCGAGACCACAAUUUGGAAGUCGCGCCGGCUCGGUUACAUCGCUCGAUGAAGUUCACAUGAAUUCUUCGUAUACCAUGCCGAGACAGGCUCCAAGAGCGUUUUCUGCGCAACCGCAAACAAAUGGAGCAGUUGGCGGUCGUUUGAGUGGUGCUUCGACACCUGUGACAGGCUCACAAAUGCCUGUCUCCGGAUCAAUGCAUUCUAUCAACAGUAUGCCGGCUUCUGGAGAAUGGCCGGUCAACACGGGCCUCUAUGCCGCGAAAUUUAUUCAAUCUGAUGCGAACAGUGAUGGAUUCGUCGAUGGAACCGAUGUGCGUCAGGAGUUUCUUGCGACCGGCGUGGCUCCAGCAGUACUGGGAAGAAUUUGGGCGCUCGUUGAUAUUGGAAAAACUGGAAUGCUCAAUCUGGAGCAAUAUUCAUUAAUGAUGUACAUGAUUGACAAUUUCAAACAAGGUGGAGAGAUUCCGUAUGACUUGCCCGCUCAUUUAGUUCCGCCGUCACUUCGCGAUCCAUCAACUGCGCCACCGCCAGCGCAGUCUGUUGCGACACCCCAACUACCAGAAGCGACAUCAAUGGAGUUGAAAGAAGCUCUCGAUGGUGAAAAUGAAGAAAUGAAGCAGCUUGCUGAAGCAAUUCAAGAGAUGAUCCUUGAACGAAAAGCCGCCGAGGAGAAUGUUGUGCAGCUCGAAGCCGACAUGACUGUCAAGAAUUCGAAAAUAAAAAAUUUGCAAAUCGAGCUCGCGACACUCGAAAGCACUGUAAAACAAUUGGAGAGGCAGAAAAUGGAAGCGAAUCGUAGAUUGGCUGAUUAUGAUACACAGAUUUCUCAACUUGAAGCUGCGUGCGCCGCUCAGCGUGAAAAGAAGGAGGAGACUGAAAAACGUGCGAAACAAAUUGCCGACGACGCUCAAAAUGCCGAAGCAAAUAAAGCUAGCGACGAGAAAGAGAUCGAGGAGCUUAAAAAGGAACUCGCCGAACUCGAUUCGACCCUUCGAACAGUUCAAUCGGAAACCGCAAGAGAAUCUGCUGAACGCGAGACGAUUGUAUCUCAACUUACCACUCUUGAGCGUCGCGAGAUUCGAGACAACUCUCAACUGGAGAAAUUGUCUAGUGAAAAUGAAAAGAUUAAGAAAAUGACUGAUGAGAUUGUGUCCGCCGUCGAAGAAGGCGGUGAAAAGAUGGAAAAUGUGCUUAAAGCGAAUCCGGCACUUCUCGCAACAUCCCUGGACAAUAGCUUGCUCUCGGAUGAUACGUUUUAUGGUGAAGCUUCAACGUCCAACUCGAGCCAUCAAAUUCAACAACCGCCUGAUCCAUUCGCAUCGGCGAAAGCGAAUCCUGCCGCUGAUCCAUUUGCUCAGGUCGAUCCGUUUGCCUCUCAAGGAUCGUUUGCAGCUGCGUUCCCAACCGAUCCAUUCUCGCAGGGCUUCCCAGCUGACGCUAGUUUUGCGCCGCCUGCCUCUUCGGCACCACCGAAACCGGCGCCACCGCGUCCAGCGCCACCAAAAUCGGCCCGAACUACGCCCGUUCCACAGCCAGCUGCUCAAGAUCCGUUUGCACCUUCGCAAGGAGCCGCCGCCGCCGCUCAAGCUAACUUUGCCAAUUUUGCGGAUUUUGGUUCGGCUUUCAACUAA